AUGCUAAACCCUCCUCGCCAGUCCCAACACAUUCCCCGGGGGCACGGUCGAGCCGCCAGCCGUCCCCAUGGCCACCUUCGUGCCGUGGGGACGGCUGGCGGCUCGGCCGUGGCCCCCGACCAUGCCGGGAGGCGUCCUGACCCCUUCCUUCUCCCAAAAUCCGGCUUCUCUCCCCGCCAUGGGGCCGUUCCCUUACCGCGGCCUCUCCCGGUUCCGCUCCCGGUCCCGUCCCGCCGCCGGCCCGGCCCCAAUGUCGGCGGCGCCGCCGCGUCACACCGCCCGCAGCGCCCGCCCCGGAGCCGGGCCCGGCCCAGGCAGGGGCGGCCGGGACGGCCGGCGGGGCCGCUUGUUUACCAGCCCCGCAGCUGUCAGGACCUCGUCCCGCCCCUCCCCGCGCCGACCGGCCCCGUUGCGCCGGGACCGCUCCGCCCGCCCACGGACCGGCACGGCCCGGCCCGGCCCCGCCGCUCCGCCGGGCGCUGCCGGAUGCCGUCACCGACGACCGCCCCGCCCGCCCCGACACGGGGACGCGGACCCCCGGGCGCAGCGGGGACCGAUACCCUCCCGCAGCACCGCAAAAAACCCGCCUGGGCCUGCGGACAACGGCCCUCCGCCCGCAACGGGCAUGGCAGGGAUACCACGGGGCUGACCCCGGACCGGUCCGCGGCCACUGGGGGCUGCCCAUGCCCACCCGGGGCUGCCCACGUGCAUUGGGGGAUGCCCGUGCCCACCCGGUGCUGCCAGUGCCCACUCAGGACUGUCCACGUGCAUUGGGGUCUUCCCGUGCCCUCUGGGGACAGCCGGUGCCCACCCGAGACUGCCGAUGCCCACUGGGGACAUUCAGUGCCCACUCGGAUCCGCCCGUGCCCACCGGGGCCUGCCGGUGCCCACCAAGGACUUGCCCGUGCCCUCCGUGCAGUCGUCCUGGACCUGCCUCAAAGGGCCCAGACCCCCGUGGGUCCUGGGCACAGACCAGGGUGCUGGGUGCCCACAGAUACGGGCCCUCAAAGACACCUUGUCCCACGUCCCUGCUCUGAGGGCUGGUGGGACACAAGCCCACCCAGGCCGACCCGUUUCAGCCCCAGCAGCUGCCAGAACACGGGGUUCCUCAACCGGGUCAACGGCACCGGCCUUCUCGUACCGCGGGGGCUGCACUCCCGACGGGGCUGUCCGGGAAGCGGCAACACCAGGAAAACGCAGGAGAGAGACUCGAGCCGCGGAGAGGUGCGGGGUGAGCUGCGGCUUCCAGAAACGCAGAGCGCUCCUGUCCCGGUGCGCGGGAGCGUGUCGAGAGAGUGCGUUUUCAGUCAACGAUUGCAUAAACUGAGCGCCAGGACGUCCCGCUGGCCCCGCCAAUACCGGAAGGGACCGGGGCUGCUUCGCGGCAGCCGGGAGGGGUUUCCCGCCGGCAGCCGGUGCUGCCUCAGGGCCCCCGGGGCUGCGGGGAAGACGCGAGGGCAGGGAGCCGCAGGGCAGAAGAAUUCUCUGCAAAUUGGGCAAAACUGCGUCAGGAGCAGCCGCAACCGCGCCGGCCGCCUUCCGGGCAGAUGGAGAGGUUUGGGUUUCCGCGAAAUCCCCGGCUGGGAGAUCGGGGAGCAGGGAGGACACCACAGCCUCCUGCGCUGGGAGAUCGGGGAGCAGGGAGGACACCACAGCCUCCUGCGCUGGGAGAUCGGGGAGCAGGGAGGACACAGCCGGGCCCCAGCCCGGCCCCUGCGGAGCGGCCCGCGUUGGGGUUUUCCCGGAAAAGCAGCCCCGCUGCGUCAGGGGAAGGAAGCGGGGGCAGCCGCCCGCACCCUGCUCCCGCCCGGAGCUCCUCGACCCCGCCCAAGACGCCGCCUGCUCCGCGCAGGACGAGCCCGGCCCUGCCCAGGCCUCGCACCGGGGCCGCCACCGCCCGCCGCACGGCGGAAGUGA